GCGCGAGCUUCUUACCUCUCCAGCACAGCAGCGCGCGCGCUCACACAGACUGUAACUCACGCUCUCGCGCUCCGACUGGACUGUUUCCCGCCUAAACAUCUCUAAAUAUCGCUACAGCUGUAAGAGCAAGUUUAUUAUUCUGGCUGCUUAACUUUGGACAUUUACAGAGCUCCACCAUGCCGUGGACAGACACGUAAAAACAGUGAAGUCCCGGCGCGCCUCCGCUGAGGAAACAUACGUUUUUUUCCUGUAAUAUUGUGUAAUAAAGUCGACCACGAGGCAACAUGGAGACCUUCACCAUCCACGACAUGUUGCUGAACGGCACGGACAUCUACCGGCUGCUGUGCGGAAUGUUCGGGAACGGCUCGGACUGCGACCUCAGCCCCACGGCCACCACCGGCCCGACCCGAGAGCCUAAAGAUAUAAACCAGACAGUCCGCAUCAUCCUCUACAGUCUGAUCUUCCUCCUCGGUGUCCUGGGCAACAGCCUUAUCAUCGCUGUGCUGAUACGGAACCGUCGGAUGCGUACGGUCACAAACCUUUUCCUGCUGUCCCUGGCAGUGAGUGACCUGAUGCUGUGUGUCUUCUGCAUGCCCUUCACACUCAUCCCCAACCUGAUGGAGAACUUUGUUUUCGGCAGUGGCAUCUGUAAAACAGCCACGUACUUCAUGGGUAUCUCAGUGAGCGUAUCCACUUUCAACCUGGUGGCCAUCUCUCUGGAGCGUUACAGCGCUAUCUGCAAUCCGCUAACAUCUCGUACCUGGCAGACCAAGUCCCACGCUGCCAAGGUCAUCACCGCCACCUGGCUCUUCUCCUUCCUGCUCAUGCUGCCCUACCCCAUCUCCAGCACCCUGGUGCCGUACCGCCGCAACAACAACACCACAGGCAACAUGUGCCGCCUGGACUGGCCCAGUGACGUCAUACAGCAGUCGUGGUAUGUGUUCCUGUUAUUGAUCCUGUUCUUGGUGCCGGGAAUUGUUAUGAUGACUGCAUAUGGUCUCAUCUCUGUCGAGCUCUACAGAGGAAUCAAGUUUGAGAUGGCUAACAGGAAGUCGAAUCGAGAGCGAGAGAGCAGCACCGGAAGCCUUAAGCCUAGUGACAGCGACGGCUGCUACCUUCAGGCCUCCAGGAAGAAGCGUUCAGAACCCGCAGAACAGCACCAGGCCCUGACCGUCACUUCCAGCAACUCCAAGACCAAGCUGAGCCGCGUCUGCAGCAAUAGCCCCACAGCAAACCUGAUGGCCAAGAAACGGGUUAUCCGCAUGCUGCUGGUCAUCGUGGUGCUCUUCUUCCUCUGCUGGAUGCCGGUGUUUGCAGUUAACGCCUGGCGGGCCUUCGAUAAGCGUAUGGCUGACCGGCUGUUGACGGGGGCACCCAUCUCUUUCAUCCACCUGCUGUCCUACACCUCAGCCUGCGUCAACCCCAUCAUCUACUGCUUCAUGAACAAGCGCUUCCGCCAGGGCAUGCUGGCCACCUUCACCUGCUGCUCCUGCGAGCAGGAGGGCGAGGGCAGGGGCAGCGGCCGCCUCAGUGGAGGAGGAGGAGGGGGGCUGGGCACUCUGGCGUGUGGAGGAGGUUUCGGGCACGACAGCGGAACUCUGACCAGACUGACGUACACCAGUGUCCGUGGGUCUGCUCAGGCGUAGGCCUGUUAGAAGUGAGAAGAGAUGAAGAAGAAUGUAGUGACCAGUACUUUUGGAAUGGUCACCUUAAAAGAACCUCUUUUAGAGGAGUGUUGUGUAUAACAUUUUAGGCCACCUGAGAUAAAUAUUUAAACAUAUUUAGUAAGACAUUAUUUUUUGGGAUCUUAUACCAUUCUUAUCCUUAGAAUAAAUAGACAUAAACGUUAAUAAAGCACAUUGUGCUGUAGUGUGACAGGAAAGCCUUUGGAAAAAAAUAUGGAAAACGGAGGUAUCUGGAGCAGAGUGUGUUAUAGAUCUUGAUAGCUCUACUGAGGACAUGCUGAGGGCCAAGUCUACCUUGACUUCAGGAUGAUUUGGAAUGCAGUUAGGCCUGUGUGGAGAAUUGAACACACUAAAAAGUGCAGGGCAGUGGCCCUCAGUACCAGGAUUGAGAAAUAUUGGCUUAAAGGAGCUUUUGCACAUGAUUUAAAAAUCUAUGAAGUUCUAGGAUUAACAUUUUAUAGAACUGUUAUUUUUUAAAGGUUCCUGUCUAACAGUAUUUCACUUUUAUUUCAGAUAAAUAGUUUUAAAUAGUUCCUCUUGGUUGGCCUGAGACUUUUGCACAGCGCUGUGUAUAAAUACAAAGACUGUAAGUAAUUCUCUUUAGGCAGCUGUACAGUGUUUGAAGACCUUCAGUGAGUUUAGACCUUGGACACAGACUUCAAUCUUCCUUUGAUUGGGAGAGAAGUGACUGAAGAAUGGCUGAAUAUGUGACAUUGCUGUACUGAUCGUGACUCUUGAGACAGGUGUAAACACACACACACCGGUUGGCAGGAACAUUGAAAAGCUGAUGGCAGACAGAGUCCAGUGUUUAACUUUGAGGGCAUGUCACGCCUGAAUAAACACGUGGAUCAAAUGGAGCAUGAUUGUGGACGGCUUGAGAGGGUCUUCAGUCGGCAUUAGGGUACUGAGUCAUAUGCAGAGCUUACGUAAGGGGCGGGAGUUUGUGCGUCUGUCUCUGGACCUUUCUGUGUUUUUCCAGUUGUUUGGCCCAUGUGCAGUCUAUUGGCCAGAAGUUGUUUUUUUACUGGACUGCUAAAAUGUCCAAGCGUUGACAAACGCUUAUAAAAUAGAGGCUAUAUAUAUAUGUAUAUUUUUUAUUUACCCAUAAUAAAUAUAAAGAAUACAAAGUUUAAAAUCCAAAUUCACAGUAAAAGCAGAAUAAUAUGUUGGUGAAAAAUAAAACAGUUGUACAAUUUUUCUGUUUACCACAAUUGUAGUCCGCCUGGCAAGACAGUGUUGAGUGGAAUGAGUCCUUGGGGUUUUUAGAAUGUGUAACUUUUCAUUCAUUCAUUCAUUCAUGUCUGUUUUGGUGUCUGAAGCUUGCUUCUUUAGUUUUUUUACUGGAGCUAUUGUAGCUUGAAUUAAAUUGUGAAUUAAAGUGAAGUGGAUUUUAUACCAGAUGCAAGUAUAUCAUCAUAAUGUCAAAACUUUUAAUCUUAGCAUUUUGUGAUUUUUUUUUUUUUUUUUCACUUUUUUGACAGAGAUGACCUGAAUCCGGCAGUUGUUCUUUACAUUGUUGUCAAAAUUAUAAUUAUAAUUUCAUGAUAAAUGGACCAAUAGAAUUGCUCCAAAUCAAAUAAAAAUUACAUUGAUUUCUCAUAACCAUUUGAAAGGUUUUUCUUCUGUUGCCUUUUAGUAUAUUCAGUGUUCUAGUGUGACGAUUACAAUACUUAAGCUUGUUUGACUUUUUCAGAUAAAUAAUGUAAAAUUACAGAUUUGCACAUAUCCUAAACAGUGGAGGUGUCUUCAAAAGCAAAUAGUUCUUCUAUCAAUUUAGAUACAUUACGGGGAUUCGUUGCAGAUAUUUUUGUUAAAUUGCUUUCCUACCAUGCACCCUGUUCUGACUCCUGGUUUAGUAUAUUAUAGUAUAAUAUAAACUUCAUAAAAUUAUGGAUUAUUAGUAAUGUAAAAAAUGUAGAUACACACUUAGAUCUUCAUAGUUUACAGGUUGUUUUCCUGACAGUGUUAGAAAAGGCCAACAUCAAGAAAUUAGCUGUUUUUUGCUAAUUUAGACCAGGCCAUCAGAGGCCUUUGAGCUGAAGUUAAGGAGACUGCUUUUCUGUCCCUGUCACUCUGAAGUGGAGUUAGAAAUGAGACAUAACAGAAUUAAAACAGAGGAGAAAGGGUUGUGGAGGGCUGUAAAGACUUUUCAUAGACAUGUGAACAAGGUUGAAAUGGUACUUAUAUGAUACUAAAGUAGGAGGAGGGGCUUAAGGCAGGUUCCUUUUUUCUAAAUGUGAAAGUUGGUAUAAUGCACUGUGGACACUUGCAAAUGCAGUAAAAUGAAUAAUAUUUAGAUUUAAUCACAGUAGACUAGCAUUAGUAAAAUUUUCUGCUUUUCUAGAGUACAGUAAAUACAUCAUAUGUGUCCACUUUAUCAGUCGAAAUUGAUUUUAUUGUAAUCUUAUGUUAUUAGUGCAAAUCUAAAAAAGCAAACUUCAGACAGCAAUCAUUUCUUGACUGAUUAGCUACAUUUGGACUAAGGGCUAAACAAUGCUGACUGUAGUAUGCAAUUAUCAAGUACUAGCUAGCAAUUCCAUUUUUAUACAUUUUACAUUGAAAGCUAUAAUUCUGUAAAAUCCACAUUUAUCGCAGUAACAAAAUGUGUAAAUUUAUUAAUAUUACAUUAAAUAAAGUUUUAUUGCAGUUUUUGUGUAAUAUCAUAAAACGUGGAAUAAAACUUGAUGCAGACAGAGGGUCAUAUAGUGCAGAAAUUCAUUAGACUUUUGGGUAAAAGGUGAAAGGUAUCGUCCCAUUAACCACCCCCCUGCCCCCCACACCGGCUGCAUGUUCUCGCUCGCAGUUCACGUAGUCUGAAGGAGACUGAGGCUGUCCAGAUGUUUAGAGAAAACGCACAGCUUGCGCUUGGGGAGACUCUACAGACCUCCAGCAUAGUGGAACCGUGCUCAGACCUUCAGAACACUGCCAGACUAAAACUGCAGAACUCGGCCUGAAGAUCUGUGUACAUAAUCUCAGCCAUACAUCACUGACUUAUCCACUGAGCAAUUACUCAAAGCACAGACGAAAGCACCAAUGUCUGCGUCUGAUUCAGAAUGACACUGAAACGUCCAGCCAAAUCUGUAGAUGGCAAUGACCACCACUUAUUGUCAUUACCAUAUAAAUAUGUGGAGAGAUCUGUCAAUAGGAUGUGCUGUGUGUCACUCUGACACUCUUCUUUUUGAAGCUUGUAUGCUGCAUGAUGGGGUGUGAUGUGGGUUGCCCAUUUUUUCUCUGUCCCAAAGUUACACACUCACUUCCAAACACUGUGUUCUUCAAAGUCGUACAGCUUGUACCCUGUAUUUGCCCUGCAGUCUCUCCUUAUCUUCACAUGAGACUUUUCACACCUGUCAGCAACAUCAAAGCUCCUGCGGAAAGGCUGUGUAGAACACACACCUGCUCCCAUUCCCUCGUACAAGUGGGACAUUGUUGGCAAAUGUAGCAUUUGGGAUAGUUCAGGUUCCUGGAAAACAUUUUGGGUGGCUUCUUUUGUUUUUCUGAUUUCUAAAACAUGUACACUUUUAAUGUUCCAUAUUUAUGAGGAGCUCUCAUGACUUAACAUCAUUGUCUUAUCAAGACUUUAUAACAGCUUUGCUUUUUUGUUUGUUUGGUUUCACAUCAUAUCAAAAAAACACCAUCUGCCCCUUUUAUUGUGUGAGCGUAUGCUGAUGAUGUAACUUGCAGUUUUCAUUAUGAGUUAUGUUAGUUCUGUUAUAUUCAUUUAAAAUGUUCAGUUUGGGGGAUAAAGUUAAAAUUUGGUAUAUUAAUGAUUAAUGCAUUCAUUGUAUAUAGUGCAGUUGCUGCAUUUCUUGUAUGUAUUAAAACAGUGUAAUAUGUAUGAUAAUGUAUGAUAAUAUGCAAUAUAUGAUGUAUUAAUGUUUGACAUAUAACAAUAAAGCUUUAAUAGGACUUGCCUACUCGUAUACCCUCUGGUGUCUGGUGGCUAGUUUUGAAACACCACAGUGUCACUCCUAGACUCCUGAAAUAGUCCACCAACAGUG